AGUUAGGAUUAGUUAAGAAAUCUGUCCAUGUGCCUAACUGAUGCCCUACAGGAGAAACUUGAAGUCCUAGUAAUAACAUGGAACAAGGGCUGAUCAAGUUAAUAUCCUUAAUUUGGGAAGAAAAUUUUAAAAGUGCUAAUAUCAGUAGAAGAACUGACGUGUGUCAAAUCUUAUUCCAGUUAUUUUCAGAUUGUUUUCCUGCAGUAACCUCUGAGCCAGAUACUAUUAUUCAUCUUGAACAGUUGAGGUCACUAAUUAAUACUCAAAGAGGGCACAUUGACAGUAAGUGGAAGUAGAGAAUGUGAGCCCAGGCCUACCUGACCAAUUCCACAGUUCCUACGUUUAUCCUGUGAUGCCUUAGUGGCCCAAGGCCCCACAAGGAACAGUCUGGCUCUUCUUCCUCGUGAUGGUCCUGGCCCAGGCAGCCCCAGACUUCUGGGAAUAGCUUUGAGGCUUGGGCCCCAGGAAUACUGAGCCCUAGUCCUUCCAAUUACAGCCUCAUGUUAGGUUAAGAUUGCCUCCAACUACUGCCCUUCUAUGACAGUCAAAGCCCAUUGAGGGCAAGAGCUGUGUCCUGUUUGCUGUUGUAACCUUUGUAACUGGUAUAUAGUAGAUAAAUAUAUGCUGGAUAAGGAAUAACUGAGGGACUGUGCUGUUAUAAUAUCAAUGUGCUGUGAGUGCCUAAUGCUAAACCAUGGUAGCCACUAAUUAAAUGUUUAUUAAACAGUAUAUAUGAAGAAGGAGAAUAUAUUUCUAGCUAAUGGGAUCAGAGAACUAUUCAUCGUGAUAGAGUCACUCAGCAUUUGAGUCAGUCUUCAAUGACAUGGAGGAUUUUGAAACACUGAGGUAUGGGGAAGAGUGCUGUAGGUGGAGGAGACAGGGACAAAGGGACAGGAUGUGGGGAGGUACCGACUAUUCAGGGAGAGGCCAACCUGAAUGGAGGGAAGUCACAGCUGAAGGUGAUGUCUUUCCAGUGCAAAUGAAUCCAAUAACUCAAUCUCAGUUUGUACCUUUGGGUGAAGUUCUUUGCUGUGCUAUAUCUGAUAUGAAUACAGCUCAGAUUGAGGUAACACAGGAAUCACUUUUGGAGCAUUUGAUGAAACAUUACCCAGGUAUUGCAAUUCCAUCUCAAGAUAUUCUCUACACCACUCUGGGAAUGCUGAUUAAAGAAAGGAAGAUUUAUCACACUGGAGAAGGAUACUUCAUAGUUACUCCUCAGACUUACUUCAUUACAAAUACAACCACCCAGGAAAAUAAGAAAGUCCUGCCGUCAGGUGAAAGUCGCCCAGUGCCAGCUUCCAUGACAUAUCUGGUGAGCAUGGAGAGCUGCGCAGAGUCAACCCAAGGGAAUGCUGCCCCCAUAUCCCACUGUCAGUCUUGCCAGUGUUUCCGGGACGUGCACACUCAGGAUGUUCAGGAACCACCAGUUGCUGCAGAAGUGACUAGGAAUAGUCACAGAGGUCUUGGGGAAUCUGUACCUUGGGUACAGAAUGGGGCAGUUUCAGUGUCUGAGGAGCACCACAUGUGUGGGAGCUCCAAACCUUUACCAUACACAAGAGAAAAAGAAAAAGGCAAGAAGUUUGGUUUUAGUCUCUUAUGGCGCAGCAUAUCUAGAAAGGAGAAGCCCAAAACAGAACACAGAAGUUUCUCUGCUCAGUUCCCACCCGAAGAAUGGCCUGUACGAGAUGAAGAUGACUUGGACAAUAUCCCUCGAGAUGUUGAACACGAGAUAAUCAAACGAAUUAACCCCAUUUUGACUGUUGACAAUUUAAUCAAACACACUGUCCUAAUGCAAAAAUACGAAUUACAGAAAAAAUAUAAUAGCCAGGGCACUUCCACUGACGUGCUGACAACUGGGCAUAAAUAUCCUUCAAAAGAGAGGGUUAAGAAAAGGCAGAGUCUGUCUGCAAAACCUCGAGGGCGGGGCCAUUCUCGAAGGGAUAGACACAAAGCCAGGAAUCAGGGAAGUGAACUUCAGCCAGGAAGCAUUAGACUGGAGAAACACCACAAGCUCCCUGUUACACAGCCCGCCCCCAGAAUUAAAAGCCCUGAUGAAAUGGUAGGUCAGAAACCACUUAGUGAGAUUACAACAGUGCUAGGUUCCCAUUUGAUUUACAAAAAGCAAAUCAGCAAUCCUUUUCAGGGUUUGUCUCACCGAGGAAGCACAAUAUGCAAAGGGUACAAAAUUCCGAAGACCAGUGAUCUGAAACCCAGCCAGACUGGACCAAAGGAAAAGUCUUUCCAAAGGCCUAGGUCCUUGGAUUCCUCAAGAAUCUUUGAUGGUAAAGCUAAACAGCCAUAUGCUGAACAGCCUAAUGAUAAACUGGAAGCAGAAUCCAUUUACAUAAAUGACCCUACUGUCAAACCCAUCAAUCAUGACUUCAGAGGUCACCUCUUAGAUCACCCUCAACAUGCCAUCUUGCAAAAUGAUGGUACAUGCUGUCCCUUUACAGAAAGCAUGUUGAGAUAUGAUGGGUACGGUGGAGAAAAUGAGGUAAAUCCUGAAGUCUUGAGGGAAAGUCAUUCCCACUUUGACAAAUUAGGGGAAACCAAAGAGACUCUGCAUAGCCUGCCAUCACAAGGUGCCUUCUCUUCAGACCGAACACCCUCUGCUUGUAGAUUAGUGGAUAACACCAUACACCAGUUUCAAAAUCUUGGCCUUUUGGAUUACCCAGUUGGCGUGAACCCUUUAAGACAACCUGAGAGAAAUGACAGAGACUCAGAAGAAUUAUUGAGAAAAGGAUUUGUCCAGGAUGCAGAGACUAUGAGCCUAGAAAAUGAAGGGCUUUCUGAUGAUGGCCAGGCCGUGUAUCAGAAUGAAGUGGAAGAUGAUGAUGGUGCCUGUAGUUCAUUAUAUCUAGAGGAUGACGACAUUUCUGAGAAUGAUGACUUAUGUCAAAUGCUGCCUGGCCACAUUCAGUAUUCCUUCACAGGUGGAAGCCAGGGAAAUUUAGGAAAACAAAAAGUGACUGAGAGAUCACUGACCGAGUACAACAGCACAACGGAGAGGGUGGAGCCUCAAGUGCUUAAAAGAAACGAAUGCUACAAACCCACUGGGCUGCAUGCUACCACAGAUGAAAGCCAAAAACCUAACUUCUCUACUGAAAGUUGUGGCCUAAAUUCAGGGGCCCAGUUUGGUUUUAACUACAAUGAAGAAUCCAGUGUUGCUAAAUGUGUACAGGCCUCAGCACCUGUUGAUGAAAGAAUCUUUGAUUACUAUAGCGCAAGAAAAGCCAGUUCUGAAGCUGAAGUCGCACAAGACUCUAUUGGUGACACAGGAAAGAAGCCAGCUAGCUGGAGUCAGAGUCCUCAGAAUCAGGAAAUGAGAAAACAUUUCCCACAAAAGUUCCAACUUUUCAACACUUUGUAUAUGCCAGUGUUGGCUCAGGAUAGCCAACAUGAACACAAUCACUUGGAAGGGACAGAAAAUCACAGCAUGGCAGGAGACAGUGGAAUAGAUUCUCCACAGACACAGAGUCUGGCAUCUAAUAAUUCAGUCAUUUUGGAUGGACUAAAAAGAAGACAGAAUUUUCUGCAAAACUUUGAAGGCACAAAGAGUAGUCAACCACUCACAUCUAAUUCCUUACUACAACUAACUCCAGUCAUAAAUGUUUGAUUUUCUUUUGGAAGCAUUUUUUUUUUUUUGUGAAAAGGUACGGCAUUACUACAGAAUCUUUCAAUCAUAUAAGAAUUGAGUAUAUAAGCAUUGUCUAAAGGCAAGCAUAUCUAUGCUAUUAACUACAUCAUGUAUUUUGUUUUAUUUACUGGCUUUUUUUCCUUUUUUUGGCAUCUAAAGUCUUUUUGAAGCUUAUUUUACUGUGAAUUUAUUGGGAGUAUGUAGACUAUUUUCAAUUAAAAAGUGAAAUUAUUGGUCCCCUUCCAAGUAAGUUGUAAUUAACUUGCAUUUUUGUACAUUAGUUUCUCAAAUACAUAGAAUGCCAAUUUA